GGCGCGGGAGGAGACCUGCUGCGGAGUGGGUGCGCGAGAGUGGGUGCGGCCACUGUGGCGCAGCAGGCUAGGGUUGGGGGUCACCGCCUUGCACCCCCUGGGCCCGCUGCACAGACCCGGAAGCCCCGCGAGCGGGUGGCUUUGCUGUGACUUGGGCGCCGCGCCGCGCCCCCUUCCUCCCCAGAAGCGCACAAUCUUCUGUGGCCCGGGGACCCCGCGGGCGGCCACGCGGGACGCGUUUGCACCUAGCCCGAGGCGCGCGAUGCCAAUUGGCCUGGCCGCCCCCCUCGAGCGCCGCGCCGGGGACUCAGCCCGCGUCUGAGCGGCACCGGCUGCGCGCUAGCUGCGGGGAGCCCCACUGCAGGAUCCUGAAUCGGCCUCUCUUCCGACAGCUAACCGCUGCUGCCACCAGUGUCCCCUACCUGGACCUGUCCCUGUACCACCUCUCAGCAGGAGCCCAGCAUGAAGGAAGGCAUGUCUAACAACAGUACCGCCAGCAUCUCCCAGGCCAGGAAAGCCGUGGAGCAGCUGAAGAUGGAGGCCGGCAUGGACAGGGUGAAGGUCUCCCAAGCAGCCUCGGACCUCCUGGCCUACUGUGAAGCCCACGUGCGGGAGGACCCCCUCAUCAUCCCAGUGCCUGCCUCGGAAAACCCCUUCCGGGAGAAGAAGUUCUUCUGCACCAUUCUUUAACGCCCGUGGUGACGAAGAUGCAGCAGGCUCUUUCCUGCAGUAAAAGUCCCGUGUAGAGACGUGCACGCUCCCGUGUAGAGGCAUGCCACCCACACGCACCCCAUCUCCGUCCGACCAAUCAUCAUCUGGGCUCAGCUCGGUUUACCAUAUUUCCUUCAUGAUACCGUUUCUUCUUUUUUAUUUCAUUUUUGUUAUUUCCAUCCACAGAGAAGAAAACAGUCAUUUUUAUAGCCAAUAACAAAUGUGCCAUGUAAAAGUGUGGAUUUAAGGGUCUACAAUUUUUAAAUAUUCAUUCCCAACUGUAGAUAUAUCCAGCUAAUAAAUUUCAGUGUAACUCAUUGAAACCAAAACCAUGCCCAAGUGUCUCCCAUGCACUGUGAUUCAGUAUCAAACGAGAGCAUAUCGGCCAGCCACAGGUGAGGGUGAGGUCUCCUUCUCCUCUGGCAUCUCCGUCAGGGGCUGUGUGCCAGGCCCUGGCUAUGGCUAAUGUCUCCACCUGCUUCUCACCGAACAUUCCAGAGCUGAUGUUUCUGAAAAAUGCAUUUGUGGUAUAGACACCAAGGCAGCCUUGACUGUAGAUACCAGGACAGCCCCACUGGCCACCGCCUCAGUCCAAAUGCCACUCUUCCUGCUUGGUGUCUCUAGUAAGGCGAGGAGUGCGGUUCCGGGCCCUCUGGAGUCUCAGCAGAGUCCUCCCUGCCCUGAGAUAGUGGAUCAGAGUGAGUCAGAGUGAGUCGCGUUGCCGCGCACCGAUCUGAGACAUGACGGCUGCUGGCAUCGCUGCUCUAACCAUGAACCUUACAGGGUGGAUCUGGCUUAGAGACCGAGUAUCCGGGGGACAGAGAAACGACACUUGCUCAAGGCUGCAGACAGAGUGUCGGCAAACCACAACUUCCAUGUGUGGGUAGCUCAUCCCUAAAGCUCUUCCUGAACCCCGGAAGUGUGGCCGCCUGUUGCGGGUGUACAGCACCAUAAACAAUACCUAACUAGCUGCACGCCAGGAAGGAAGCAAACACAUUUGCCCACCAACUGGCUGUCCCCUCUCUCCCACCUUUGCUGGGAGAAGUCUCACCAACCUUGAUUCUGGUCAUGUGUGAUAGAUGACAUGUGGGUUCUCCAAGACCAGAUAGCAGUAAACCCUGGGGGUUCCCAGCACGAGGUUGUGGGCCCCACCUAGAGUACCCCCUUGCCCUCCUGAUAAAAGCAUGGCUGCUGAGGUCUAGCGAGGACGUUUGCUUUGUAGAUUUUUGGAAAUUGCUGCUCCUCUGGCUCUCGGAGAGGCUUGCUGUGCUGCUGGGCAAGCCGUCGUGUGCCAAGCUGUUCCAACCAGCAAACUGUGGACAAUGUUAAUCACCCCUCUUGCUCUUCUGCCAGGGCAGAAACUACGUAAGGCUCUGAUUAUCCUUGAAAACCAAGAUAUGCUAGAUGACAGCCUGUAAUGUUGGGACGAGUAUUUGACUUCAUAGAUACCAUGCUUCUGAUGAGGAGGAAUGUAAAAUGUCACUUUAUUAUAUUAUCAUGGGUGUGUGCCUUGCUACCCUCUCUUGCAGCUUUUGUGGAAAGCGUUCUAAGUUUUGCUACUGUACACGAGAUGAGAGGCUAAGAUUCCGUGAGGUUUGGUUGGGCUAUAACAAGAUCUCUGUGGCCCACGUUGGCAUUAUUAACCUGACAGAGUACGUCAUGAUCCGCAAAAGCCCAGGAAGUGGGACAGCACCGAGGGUGGGAAAAUAGAUCGGGAGAAGAGAGAGCUUUAGUCUCCGGCCAAACUGUCUCUGAUCUACUGUCCCCCGUUUCUUACGUCCUCCUGUGGACGGUGUGUCCGUACACAUGGGAUCCAUUGAGCCUUCUCACCCCCAACUUCUCUCUACUUAUCCCCAGACUUGUUAACUGCCAGAGUCUCUGAGAUCCAUCCAGUAAACUCAUUAUUCCAUGAAAUAGCCUCAUUUGGAUGCAAAUGUUGUGUGAGCUCAACUCCACUCCCGAGUAUAAACUCGACAAACUUGUACAUAGUGUCAGAAGGAAUGUGCUGGAAUGUCCAUGGAAGCCCUGGUCAUAGUCACCCCUAAGCAGAAGGCCCCUUAUGCCCGUGUUGAAGGGCUAAGCUGAUGAGGGUCAUUCCCAUGGUGGGCUCAGCUCCACCCACAGCUCACUGAGAGGCUUGCUGGCCUAGUGGAGAAACUGAGAGCAGGCAAGCCCAAGCCUACCGUUCCGUUUUCACACAGCACAGGCCGGCAGGUCAACCCAUGCUGAUUCAAGGAGGAGCAGUAGCUGCUCUCAAAGGGACAACAGAGGGGGCCACGAGAGGCUUCUGGAAUGUUCUGUCUCUGUAUCUAGCUGCCUGUCAUCUUGUCUAGUUUGUCUAGUUUGUGAAAGCUCUCCCGGCUGUCUACUUUCGGGUGCUUUUCUGUACGUGUGUGAUACUUCA